AACCUGACCACCUGGAUGAAGGACGAGCCCGUGGCCAAGAACUUGUUCACACAGCUGGGCUCCGCCUUCAUCCGGAAAGAACCCUUUGGCCUGGUGCUCAUCAUCGCCCCCUGGAACUACCCCGUGAACCUGACCCUGGUGCCGCUGGUGGGCGCCCUCGCUGCAGGGAACUGCGUGGUGUUGAAGCCAUCGGAGUUCAGCAGAAGCACCGAGAAGGUCCUGGCCGACGUGCUGCCCCGAUACCUUGACCAGAGCUGCUUUGCCGUGGUGCUGGGCGGGCCUCAGGAGACGGGGCAGCUGCUGCAGCACAAGUUCGACUACAUCUUCUUCACGGGGAGCCCUCGAGUGGGCAGGAUCGUCAUGUCCGCCGCCGCCAAGCACCUGACGCCCGUCACGCUGGAGCUGGGGGGCAAGAACCCCUGCUACGUGGACGACGACUGUGAUGCCCAGACCGUGGCCAACCGCGUGGCCUGGUUCCGCUACUUCAACACCGGCCAGACCUGCGUGGCCCCCGACUACGUGCUGUGCAGCCCUGACACGCAGGCGCGGCUGCUGCCCGCCCUGCAGAGCGCCAUCACCCGCUUCUACGGCGACGACCCGCGGGGCUCCCCGAACCUGGGCCGCAUCAUCAGCCAGAAGCACUUCCGGCGGCUCCAAGGCCUGCUGGGCUGCGGCCGCGUGGCCAUUGGCGGCCAGAGCGAUGAGGGCGAGCGCUACAUCGCCCCCACGGUGCUGGUGGACGUGGCGGAGACGGAGCCGGUGAUGCAGGAGGAGAUCUUCGGACCCAUCCUGCCCAUCGUGAACGUGAGGAGCCUGGACGAGGCCAUCGACUUCAUCAACCGUCGGGAGAAGCCCCUGGCCCUGUACGCCUUCUCCAACAGCAAACAGGUAGUGAACCAGAUACUGGAACAGACCAGCAGCGGCAGUUUCGGAGGCAACGAGGGCUUCAUCUACUUGACUCUGACGUCCCUGCCGCUGGGGGGAGUCGGUAACAGCGGGAUGGGAAGGUACCACGGCAAGUUCUCCUUCGACACCUUCUCCCACCACCGCGCCUGCCUGCUCUCCCACUCAGGCCUGGAGAAGCUCAAUGAUAUCCGGUACCCGCCCUAUACUAACACCAAAGAGCAGCUCAUCAGCUGGGCCCUGCGCUCCCAGAGCUGCACCCUUCUGUGA